AUGCUCUGGAUGGCUUUUUCGUCGUGGUGCGAAUUGAUCGCCAAUGGUGUGAAGGAGUUGUUGAGCCAUAGCCGUGAGGUGAGGUUUAUGUGUAUCGUCGGUUUGAUGCUGCUGGCUGAAUCAGCACUUUUUGGACUUUUGGACUUGAAGGAUUUCGAGCGCUGGCUUGGGCUAUUUAGAGCUUUCUUGGCCUGCAUCGCGGUAGAAGCGCUGUUCUCUCCCCCUCGUUUUCCCCGUUCCAUCGCCUCUCUAACAACGGACUUAAACGACGCUUUGCGAGUUGUUGUGACACCCGCCCGCCACUUUGACCUCAUCGGACCCGUUUUCCUCGGUAUUUGGGUUGGACUUAUAAGUUCGGGAUUGGGAGACACUUCUAAUGCUGAAAUCGUUGCUGGGCCGCCCAUCCUCCUCUUGCUCCGGUGGCAAUUACCAAGUUGGGUUGUCUCGUCAAGAGCCGUUGCCCUGAAUGUGGCGGCUCGUAUCAUAAGCCUUGGUUCUGCAGGGUUGCAUACUGAUUCUUUUGCGCCUACUUAUUACAUGGGGGUUGCCACGCAUUUGGUGCAUUUGCAUGCGAUCGAGGGAUGCAGCGAUAUUGUCGCGGAGGCUGUUCUCAUUGGCACCCUUCAUCGACGCGAUCGAAUUUGUUUUCACACCAUUCGCUCGUGGACAUACCUUACCCUUGAAACAAACAUUGCAUCGGCUAGUGCCGGUCCGGUCCUCGAUAGUUGCGCAAUUGAGCAACCUGCGGGACGUGGAAAGUCUGCUCGCUUCCACCCCUAUGUGAAAAGGCCGGCUAUUCAAUAUAUAUUCCGCUCUUUUGUCGCCCUCAUAUUUGGUUGUGAGCGUGUGAGCGUUCUGCUUCAAUCACGGGACAUCCCAUUCGUUUCGCUGAAACUCGGUCCCGUUGGGGUUGAGUUACUUGUACGGACGAAUAUGCAUGACAAGAAGUGGUUUUGGCGUUGCUUCUUUGAAUAUGCGCCCAUUGUCUACGCUCGCAAGGCUCGAAAUGAUACCUUUCUGAAUGCAUUCCAGCGCGUUAUCAGUCUUCUUGCCAGGAGGUUGCUCCGUGUAAUCGAAGACCUAUCGUCGACGAUUAUGCGAGCUACCCCCCCUCCUUUCUGCAUCCGGGGAAUCAUACUUGCGUUUCAUAAAAGAAAACGAGCGAGUAUUUGUCGACAUAAUACCAUUGUUGGCUUUGUGUCAGGUACAUCAAUACCAGCAAGCCAGCGGUGCUUACGCGAGCGCGUGUUCGCAUGUCGCACGAUAUCCAUGCUUAAAUUCUUCGCGGGAUCUCCGAUAAUGUCGACUAGUGGAGAUGUUUCGUUCCUUUUCGGUUAUCGGGAUGAUGGAUACUCAUUUCUCCUAACUCAGUCGUACCAAUCGUAUGUCAUUGUUGACUUGAUGUUCACUGUCCCCAGCGCCCUCCAAGCGAACGCUAUAUUUACGCUAUUCUCUCUGGAUAAUUCCCCAGUCCUAACAUUAGAGAGCCAAUGA